CGAAAAAACCGCCCCUUCACCUCAACCACCUCCCGCGAGACCGACCCCAGAUUAUUCAAGAUGGCUGCAAUCAUCAAGGCUGCUAAUGCCAAGAUCCGGUCCAACCCGGUAUCUGAUUACAUCUGCUCGACCCACUUCUGGGGUCCCGUUUCCAACUUUGGCAUUCCCCUUGCCGCCAUCAUGGACACACAGAAGAGCCCUGAACUCAUCUCGGGACAGAUGACCGGUGCCCUCAUCAUCUACGCUGGUACCUUUAUGCGCUACUCUCUGGCUGUGACACCCCGAAACUACCUCCUCUUUGCCUGCCACUUUGUCAACGCCGGCGCCCAGCUCACCCAAGGAUACCGAUGGCUCAACUACCACUACUGGGGCGGAAAGGAGGACAUGGCAAAGGAGCAGCUGGUGCAUGCGGCAGAGGUGGCCAAGAACAAGGUUGAGAAGGCCGGCGAGAAGGUUCAGAGCGCCGUCAGCAAAUAAGAGGAGAAUAGACCGAAAACACCCGGUCAGGAUCGGUGUGUCGGGAACGGACGCCGUUCACUGUGGGAGCAUCCCCGGGCUUGACCUCGGGGUUCGGAGAGUGUCACACGCGGCCACGCAAUUCCAUGUACACCUACGAGAAACUUCCCCAUGCUCCUAGUCGAGAGGGCACCUAGAGGUUGGGGUACCUGCAGUGAUUGCCCAGAGAGGUGCUAGAGAAGGACAUUAUUCGCUUUCUGGGGAACAUUAGAUGAAUCAAUUUGGUUAGAAC